AUGGAGUUGCCGUUCCAGUGGGAUGACGGGAAGUUUAUCUCCCCAUUCGUUGCCAGCAGCGCAGACGCGUUGGCGGCGCUUGCGGCGUGGAUGAAGGACUCGCCGCUGCUUCAGCUGCAACACGGCGGGGCACUGCGGCUCACAGACCUCGGCUGCGGCGACGGCGCCGCGCUGCUGUCCCUGAGCGCCGCGUUGUGCGCGCCGCAAGGCGCCGGCGACCACAGUGACGACGUGGCCCCUCUGCAGCUGACGGUCGUCGGGUUGGACCUUGACGAGGAACUCGUCCUCGCCGCGCGGCGUCGCGCGGCGGCACUGACGGUGCCGCCGCCGCACCGUCUUCACUGCACCUUUGCG